AUGAAGAAGGUGUAUGGUAUUUUUCCAAACAUAGAUCAAAAUUUGUUUGCUGUAGCUGGUGAAGAUGGUUUUCGUAUUUAUCAAUGCAAUCCUUUACAUCAGCUAAUUCGAAUUGAUGAACGGGUUGUUGGGAGUCUGAGAAUUGGCAAAGUACUCGGUUGCUCAAACUUUUUUGGUAUGGUCAGUGGUGGAUCUUGUCCAAAAUAUGCAGAAAAUGUCGUAAUGGUUUGGGACGAUGAAAGAAAGAGCGAUGAUUUCUACAUGGAAUAUACUGUUGCUUCUCCUGUACUCAAUUUUCAUUUAUCUAAGACAAGGUUGAUCAUAGUGGAAAUGAAAGCAAUACAUGUGUUUAAUUUCCCUAAUGAAACAGAACCCCUCAAAUCUAUUGAAACCGGAGCGAAUGUGUACGGCUUGUGUGAACUUAGUUAUGAUUCAAACAUGGAGCUUCUUGUUUAUCCAGGUCAUCGAACAGGCAGUAUUCAGUAUAUAAAUUUACGAAAUGUUACUUCAUAUACAACCUUAACACCAACAACAAUCAAUGCUCAUCAGUCUGAUAUAAUACAAAUAGCAUUAAACAAUGCUGCUACUCUUGUAGCUACAGGAUCCAUCAAAGGAACUGUUAUAAGAAUUUUCGAUACAAAAGUAGGGGAACUAAUACGGGAAUUUCGUCGAGGCAGCGAAUCAGUCAUCUUGCAUUGUAUACGUUUUUCACCAUGUUCUAGUUUCUUGGCAAUUGCAAGUGACAAGGACACUAUACAUAUUUUUUCUGUGAAAAAUAAUGAUUUGACUUGGAAAAACUCAAGAACAUUGUGGCAGCAAUUUGGAAUAAUUCCAGAUGAUACUGAUCGCGCUCGCAUACAACUGAAAUUGUCAAGAGCUUCUCAAAAUGUCACUAUGACUGAGUUAGCUUUUUUAAAAAAUGAACCAGAAGAAAAUGGAAUAGAUCAAAAUCCAAAUAAUCGGUUUAUUUUGGAAAGCCACGCUCUGGCUGCAAUCUGUGACGAUGGAAGUUAUAGCUUAUUCACAUUUUCUUCUGAUGGUACUUAUCAUUUAUUGCGAGAUGAGUACUUCUUAGAUUGGGGUGAUGAUGAAAAUUUUUUUGCUGAAUGUUUCGACUCAUGUGCAACUAAGUGUGGUUCACCAGAUUAA